UCCUGUUCGGUCCUACCCCUGGCUUCAUUGUGAUCCAAACUGCUCUCAUCUCUCCCUCAGCUGCCAACGUCCUGCUGUCGGAGCGUGGGGAGGUGAAGCUGGCAGACUUUGGGGUGGCAGGACAGCUAACAGACACCCAGCUCAAACGCAGCACCUUCGUUGGCACGCCCUUCUGGAUGGCUCCAGAGGUCAUCAAGCAGUCAGCCUAUGACUGUAAGGCAGACAUCUGGUCUCUGGGUAUAACAUGUAUAGAGCUGGCUAAAGGAGAACCCCCACACUCUGAGCUACACCCGAUGAAAGUGCUGUUCCUUAUCCCAAAGAACACCCCUCCUACCCUGGAGGGGAACUACAGCAAGCCCCUCAAGGAGUUUGUGGAGGCCUGCCUAAACAAGGAGCCAAGCUUCAGGCCCACUGCCAAAGAGCUGUUGAAACACAAGCUGAUUGUGCGUCACGCCAAGAAGACAUCGUACCUGACAGAGCUGGUGGAUAGAUACAGGAGGUGGAAGGCUGAGCAGACCAGACAGCAGGCAGAGUCCAGCUCAGACGAGUCUGACUCGGAGCAGGAUGGGCAGGCGUCAGGCGGGAACAACUUUGGGAGUGAUGACUGGAUCUUCACCAUCAGAGAGAAGGAUCCUAAGAAACUGCAGAACGGGGGAGAGGGACAGGAAGUGGAGAGUGGAGGCAUUUCAGGGAGGCUGUUUUCCACCAUCAUCUCUCCUUCUCUGGCCGAAUUGAAGCAGCGUCAGGAGGCAGUGAAUGGGAACCCCAUGGCUCUAGAUGAACUGAGAGAAGCUAUUCUCCUAGCUGAGGAGGCCUACCCUGGGAUCUCUGACUCCCUGGUCACACAGCUGGUUAACAGACUGCAGAGAUUUUCUUCAGGCAGGAAGUCUUCGUGCUCUUCUCCCUAGUGAUUGGCUCUCUGCCCCAGCCCGCCUCUCCCAGGUCCCGCCCCCUGUCUGUGGUCCAGUCAGAGGUUAGAGGUCAGCCUGGAUAACACCAUAGGU